AUGAAUACCGCUCCUACAUUCCUCGGCCUACGUGGUCAGCCUCUUAUCUAUGCUGUUACCUUUACCAGCUCGAUAGGUUUUCUCCUUUUUGGUUAUGACUUGGGGUUCAUGGGCGGCUUGACAACGUCGGAGAAGUUCCUCAAAGUUUUCGGGAAUCCCAAUUCCGCCCUACUCGGGUUCAUUGUUGCCAGCUAUGAAGUUGGAGCUCUUUUCGGAGCUCUCUUCCAGUUCGCAAUGGGUGAUCGAUACGGUCGUAAGACGAACGGCCUUGCAGGUGCAGUUGUGGUCAUUAUUGGCGCAAUUUUACAAGCUUCCACUACAGAACUCGGUCAGUUCCUAGUCGGUCGAAUCAUCGGGGGCUUUGGACUUGGAUGUAUGACAACAGUGAUACCCGUAUAUCUGACCGAGUGUGCCACACGAACGAACAGAGGCCGAAUGAUGGCGAUGCAACUUUCAAACCUCAUUAUCGGACUGAUUCUGGCCAACUGGCUUGACUACGGCAUGGCGGACUACUCUUCCAGUUUCUCUUGGCGAUUUCCCUGUGCCUUCCAGAUCGUCUUCUGCGUCAUUGUGUGCUGCCUCAUGCCAUUCCUCCCAGAGUCUCCUCGAUACCUUUUCCGGUCCGGCCAGGUGGAACGCGGUACCACUUCGCUAGCUGCGUUGCGUGGCACUACCAGGGAAGACGAAUCAGUCCAACUUGAGAUCAAAGAGAUCCAGUACAUUCUCGAAGUGGAAUCUGAAGAAGUCGGGUCAUGGUCAGACUGCUUCAAGGAUGGUGGCAUGUACGGCUGGCAACGAGUGCUUGUCGCUUUCUCGGCCAACUUCUUCCAACAACUAUCUGGUGUCAAUGUCAUUUCCUCCCUCGGCCCAUAUGUUUUCCAGAACUCCAUUGGGAUGAGCUCCCGAGAUGCUCUUCUUGUGUCUGGCGGUCUUCAAGUCUAUUACUUCCUCAGCUCCCUGAUCCCGUGGUACACUACGAACAACGUUGGCCGCAGAAAGCUCUUCAUGAUCGGCUCGGCCGGUAUGGGAACCUGCAUGUUGUUGUCAGCCAUAUUUGUGGGUGUGGGAAGCAAAGGUCUCGGAUAUGCGGCUGCAGUGGUGCUAUACAUUUUCCACACCUUCUUUACCCUCGGAUGGCAGUCGAACAUGUGGAUCUACCCGAGCGAGAUUCUACCGUUGAAGCUUCGUCUCCGAGGCGGUGCUCUUUCUGUUGUCUCUCAGUGGCUGUUCACCUUUGUUGUCGUCCAAAUCACUCCUCCCAUGAUCACCGACAUCGGUUACAAAGCGUACAUUCCGUUCGCCUGUGUGAACUUCUUCACCAUCCCCUGCGUUUACUUCUUCUAUCCCGAAACUCUCCAACUUCCUCUCGAAGCCGUCGAUCUGCUCUUCACUGGUCGCCCUGGUGAAGCUCGCCCAAGCUACAUGCAAGCUGUCCGCAACUCUACCAAGAAAGAGUUCAAGGAUGAGAUCAUGGCAACUCUUAUUGAGCGUGCUGAUCAAGAUGGGGAAGAAGCUGGCAUUAAGCUGGGACCAGUACAUCAGGAGACUGCCAAAGUCUAG